AACGGUAGAGGAUCCUCUUCCGCCAGCUUCUUCUCGGGCUCACCGAUGGCAUCCAUUACUGCAGCGAUACUCCACCCAGUGAUCCGUUCCAAAGCCCAAACACUUGCAAAGAAUGGCCUCGGCGGAGCUGGGCAAGAAGCUACGGAUCCUGAUCAUCCCCUUCUUCGCCACCAGCCACAUCGGCCCCCACACCGACCUCGCCGUCCGCCUCGCCGCGGCAAGGCCGGGCACCGUCGAGCCCACGCUGGCGGUCACCCCGGCGAACGUCUCGGUCGUUCGAGCGACGCUCCAGCGGCACGGCGCGUCCGCGGCGACCAGCGCCAUCAAGAUAGCCACCUACCCUUUCCCGGAGGUGGACGGCCUCCCGCUGGGCGUCGAGAACCUCUCUGCCGCCGGGGCCGACGGGUGGCGCAUCUUCGACGCGGCCAUCGACGAGGCGCUGACGCGGCCCGCGCAGGAGGCGCUUAUCAGGGAGCUGUCCCCUGACGCCGUCUUCACCGACGUCCACUUCUUCUGGAACUCCGUCAUCGCCGGCGACCUCGGCGUGCCGUGCGUUGCGUUCAGCGUCAUCGGCACCUUCUCGAACCUUGCCAUGAGCCACCUCGGCGGUGAAGUCGACUGCGACUCCGGUUGCGAGGAGGUGAUCGUACCACAUUUUCCAGGCCCGGAGGUACGGAUCCCGAGGACCGAACUGCCCGAGUUCUUGAGGGUCCAGGAAGAACACGACCGAUUCAACCCGCGGUUGGCGGGAAUACGCAGGUGCUUCGGCCACGCCUUCAACACUUUCUUGGUCCUGGAGAGGCAGUACUGCGAGCUGUACGCGCGCUCCGGCCACGCCAAGCGCGCCUACUUCCUCGGGCCACUGUCGCUGCCGUUGCCACCGGCCGGAGCAAGCGCCGGCGAGUCACCGUGCAUCCGUUGGCUGGGCUCGAUGCCCAGAGGCUCGGUGGUAUACGUAUGCUUCGGUACCUUCGCCUCCAUCUCUGAAGAUCAGCUCCGGGAGCUGGCUCUCGGGCUGGAAGGUUCUCAGAAGCCGUUCCUGUGGGUGCUGAGGGCCGAGGGGUGGGAGCCGCCGGCGGGGUGGGAGGAGCGUGUCGGGAAGAGGGGGAUGCUCGUCAGAGGGUGGGCCCCGCAGACCGCGAUCCUGGCUCAUCCGGCCGUGGGGGCGUUCCUGACGCACUGCGGGUCGAGCUCGCUGCUGGAGGCGGCGGCGGCCGGCGUGCCGAUGCUGACGUGGCCGCUGGUGUUCGACCAGUUCAUCGAGGAGAGGCUGGUCACGGACGUUCUCAAGAUUGGCGAGAGGGUGUGGGACGGGCCACGGAGCACGAAGGAGGAGGAGAGGGAGAUGGUGCCGGCGGCGGCGGUGGCGCGGGCUGUGGCGAGAUUCUUGGAGCCAGGCGGAACGGGGGAGGCGGCGAGGGGCAGAGCGCAGGAGCUCGCCGCCAAGGCUCAUGCGGCCGUGUCGGAAGGCGGGUGGUCGUCCUGUGACCUGCGCCGUUUGAUCGAUGAUCUGGUAGAAGCAAGAGCGGCCGCCGGUGGCACCACGGCCACGCCGUCGCUACCUUGAACAUCAGCGACUGAAACUGCACUGCAGGCAUGCGUGGCAUGGGCGUACUCGGUCGUUCUCUGGUGAUGGAAUGACAUUGUCGCAGAGCAGUAGAGCUGUAGAUCAUGUAUAAUACUUUUUUUUUUAGAAAAGGAGGAUGUACCCCAGCCUCUGCAUCUGGACGAUGCAUGCAGCCAUAUUAUUAAUUAUUCACAAAGACCAUACCAAGGUGAUACAUCAAUAAGCAUGAAGUCACCAUCUUGGCAACA